CAGUUUUUUGCGUGGUGGGGGACGGACUCCGCGAACGCCUCUCCCCUUCCUAUCCGCUCCGGACCCCACGCGUCACCCGUGCCGGUGCCGUAGCGCUUCUUCCUUCUCUCCCUCCCGUCCGAUCAGGCUAUAAAUUCCCCGCCCCUCCCGUCUUCUCUCCUCACAUCUGAUCCAGUCCAAUCCAGCCCCCCCUCCGAUCUCGCCGAGAAAUCUCCUCCGAUCGAAGCGAAGCCAAGGCUCUCUCGUCCUCCUCCGCAAGAUGCAGAUCUUCGUGAAGACCCUUACCGGCAAGACCAUCACCCUUGAGGUCGAGUCCUCUGACACCAUCGACAACGUCAAGGCAAAGAUCCAGGACAAGGAGGGCAUCCCCCCGGACCAGCAGCGUCUCAUCUUUGCUGGCAAGCAGCUCGAGGAUGGCCGCACCCUUGCGGACUACAACAUCCAGAAGGAGUCCACCCUCCACCUGGUGCUCAGGCUCCGUGGUGGCAUGCAGAUCUUCGUCAAGACCCUCACGGGCAAGACCAUCACACUGGAGGUUGAGUCCUCGGACACCAUCGAUAACGUGAAGGCCAAGAUCCAGGACAAGGAGGGCAUCCCUCCGGACCAGCAGCGCCUGAUCUUUGCUGGCAAGCAGCUUGAGGAUGGCCGUACCCUGGCUGACUACAACAUCCAGAAGGAGUCCACCCUUCACCUGGUGCUGAGGCUCCGUGGUGGCAUGCAGAUAUUUGUGAAGACCCUCACCGGCAAGACCAUCACCCUGGAGGUGGAGUCAUCUGACACCAUCGACAACGUCAAGGCGAAGAUCCAGGACAAGGAGGGCAUUCCCCCGGACCAGCAGCGUCUUAUCUUUGCUGGCAAACAGCUCGAGGAUGGCCGCACCCUUGCGGACUACAACAUCCAGAAAGAGUCCACCCUCCACUUGGUGCUCAGGCUCCGUGGUGGUAUGCAGAUUUUUGUCAAGACCCUGACCGGCAAGACCAUCACCCUGGAGGUCGAGUCGUCUGACACCAUUGACAAUGUGAAGGCCAAGAUCCAGGACAAGGAGGGCAUUCCCCCGGACCAGCAGCGUCUCAUCUUCGCUGGCAAGCAGCUUGAGGAUGGCCGCACCCUUGCGGAUUACAACAUCCAGAAGGAGUCCACCCUCCACCUUGUCCUCCGCCUUCGUGGAGGCAUGCAAAUCUUUGUCAAGACCCUCACUGGCAAGACUAUCACCUUGGAGGUGGAGUCAUCUGACACCAUCGACAACGUGAAGGCCAAGAUCCAGGACAAGGAGGGCAUCCCCCCGGACCAGCAGCGCCUCAUCUUUGCUGGUAAGCAGCUUGAGGAUGGCCGCACCUUGGCAGACUACAACAUUCAGAAGGAGUCAACCCUUCACUUGGUGCUCCGUCUCCGUGGUGGCCAGUAAGCUCUGGCCAUGGAGCUGCUUCUGUUAUCUGUCUUCGGUGUCCUCCAAUGGAGUCUGGUCUGUGUCUGUCGUUGCAUGAACUGUCUUUGUUUCUAUAUAUAUAUACCAUACUGUGAUGCAGUGUUAUUGUUUGUAAGUGCAAACUUCUGCUGGUGUGCAGCAGCUUUGAUGAACUUCAGAAUAAGUGAGCCCUGAAUUCGGUCCAUAA